AUGUCUUUCUACAAAUCAUCCGUCUUCGCUCUAGCUCUGGCAGCUGCGAUGCCACUCUUCGUCAAGGCCCACAUCAUCAUUGUCAGCCCCGAGCCAUUUACCUCGCCAGCGGUUACGACCUCCCCACUUGCGAAUCUCGCACCUGGAUCACCGGGAAGCAACUUCCCUUGCCAGCUUGCCGCCGGCGGAUCCUACAAGGUUGGAAGUCGAACGCAGGUCGCUGUCGGACAAGAAAUGCCUCUCGCUUUUUCCGGCUCUGCAAGCCACGGUGGCGGUACAUGCCAGCUCGCAGUCACGACCGAUAAGGAGCCCAGCGUCAGCACCCAAUGGAAGACGUUCCAGAUCUACGAGGGCGGCUGCCCGAUCGCGGGCGACUCCUCCAGUGGCGGCACAUCCAAUCUUACCUACCAGCUCCCGCAAGGUAUGAUCAAUGGCGAUCUCACUUUCGCCUGGGUCUGGAUGAACAGGAUCGGAAAUCGCGAGACGUAUAUGAAUUGCGCGCCUAUUACGGUCACGGGUGGCUCCAGCGACAGCAGCGUUUACGACAGCUUACCCAAUGCAUACAUUAUUAAUCUCCCUACGUCCGAUUGCAGCUCUGUCGAAAUGAGCGAUCUGGUAAUUCCAAAUCCUGGA